AACUAAUGUUAACAAAUGAGACCAUAUUGUAAAUUGUGACCAAUAAAUGUAUACCCAUGAAAGAGGAAAAAGUAAAAGUAGUAAAUAAAUAACUCCCUGCCAAACUCCCUGCAAAGAUCUUUUACAGUGUCCAAUUGUAUUUAAACAAUUAAGACGUAGUUAUAAAUGUAUGAAUGCUAUUGCAUUAGAUAAACUAUCAAACCAAUCAGCAUGCAACUUUCAAGCAAAACAGUUCACAAAAUAUUUGUUAGGUUACACAAUAAAACAAAUGCUGUUCAAAAUUAAUGCAAAAGAUAUUUGGAUACUUUUGGGCAGCAGAGCUGAUUUUCUCAGAGCCACAAUAUAUUUAUGCAUAGCGCGCCCUCUAGUGUAUAUAUAUACUUAUUACAGCAUUGAAUUGUGUCAGAACCCCUUUUCUUUCACUGCCGAAUUCCUGUGAAGUAGCAUUUGCAAAUUUUAGUUUGUUUAAUAAUCAUAGACUAAUAAUAUUAAUAAUAAAGUACUAUUAUUAUUAUCCUUACUAUUUAUGUUGCAGAAACAGAAUACAUCUACUAGCCUAUAUCCAUUUCAAGUCAAAUCUAAAGUGUCAACAACAACGAUAUGCACAAAUAAAAUAACGCAUGGCCGUCCUUUAGCAUAUUUAUCAUGACAGCAUCGCAGAAUGGCUCAUUCUCCGUUCAUAUGGUCAUAAAAUGGGGGGACAAAGGGCUGAAUGUUUACGAUAUUUUUAGAGCGCAGUCACACGGAGGCGGAGCACGGAUGCUUCACGGCCAAGGAUGAGAGUGUCAAACAGCAGGUGGAGACUGACUGCUGAAGGAAAGAACGACACGAGAACCGACCACAAAAGCUCAUUUGAUGAAGAAGAGAGGAAAUAUCAGCUACCUGAUCCUCUCUGAAUGAGUGGGCCCUGAUAGCGUGAACCAUGGUGGACCCAUUGGAACCUGAUGACGAGGGUAAAUUCAGAGGUGCCCAGUCUGAAAGCCCAGCUGCUGCCUCUGAAGCACCAUGUCUACCUGAGCCAGGUGAUGAUAGAGAGAAAGAUGUUACUGUGGAUCCCAGUCCACAGACUGAGCCCAGUAUUGAACCUGUACCGAGCUCUCAAGAACCAUGCCAGGCGCAAAACAGCCAACCAGAAGAAGUAAAACUACAUCUGGACCUUUACAAUUUUGACUCGCCAGCUGCAGAAGGCAGUCGGUAUGUACUGACAAGCCCUCGCUCUCUUGAGGCAUGUGCAAGGUGUGGAGUGAAACCCGUGGAACUUCUGCCUCAUCCACUGUCUGAUUUUGCCCGCGAGGCACCCGGCCGCAGUAUGCGUGUCGCCACAGGAAUGUUUGAGAUAUAUGAGAGGGAUAGACAUGCUAAACUCCGACAUUGCAGAGAGGAGAGAGAGCGGAUUAUCAGAGAGGAGAAGAGGCGAAUUCUGCAGGCCGCUCUCAAUAAUAAUGGUGGUCCGCUGGCUUCAGGGAAGUCAGAGGAAACUGUAAGUGCUGGAUUGCCUCAACAAACCAAUCAAAAUUUAACAAAUCAAGCCAACAAAUUGACCCCUACCUGCAGUGGUGCACCCAAAAAACAAUCUACAUCAACUACUAAAAGCAUGACAGCGGGAUCAGGACAGGUUACUUCGGUGCCCACAUCCAGCUGUCCUCAUGUCUCAAAAGCCAAUCCAGUGAACUCUGCUACUACUGCUAAAGGAACUUCUGCAAAAAAGUCCAAGUCCUUUGAAGUAGAAUCUGGGGGAAAAGCUCAAGGUUUAAAACAUUCAUUAAUCCAACGAUCAAUUCAGUCAGCUCCGGGAGGUCAGGCCACAAAAAAAACUUACAGUACUCCUACAAAGGCUCCAAAUACCUUCCCCAGAUCAAUACCAAAACCUGCUUCUUUUCCAAGGACACCAACUUCACUUGCCCCAAUAGUGUCAAAAUCUGCUGUCCAAAGUCCUGCCAAUGGCAUCACAGGUACGUUUGCUCAGCAUAAUGGACACAUCAUCUCCAAAUCAAAGGUUAGAUGCAGAAGCCACUCACUGGAGUCUUUGCAACGAAGGCGUGACACGUUUUGUUCCUCGACUGCUUCAACAACGAACACCACAACUACCACAUGUACCUCCUCUGAAUCUGCUUCCUCAUCCUAUAGCUGGGAUGGGGCAAGAGAUCACUGGGCUAAGACAUCAAGCCCUCGUGCCCGCACUUUAGCUACCUUUAACUCCUUGAUGGGUCGCAGUUUGAGCUUGGGAGACCUUAGCCACUCUCCACAGACUAUGCAAAAAGUGGAGCGCAUUGUGAAGGAGGUGAAACGCAGAGGACUUAAAGCUGUUCCAGAACGUGACCGAAAGAUUGCUGCAUUAAUGCUAGCCAGGUACCAAGAGGAGGACAUAAUGAGCCAGACACGCUACGUAGCACACCUGCAAUGGGACAGCGAGCGGCGACUAGAAGAGCUGCGACGGGAACGUGAAGAGCGGGAGAAACAGAGGGCUGUGCAGCAGUGCCAACGUGCAUGGCAGUCACAAGUUUCUACCCGGCAGCGCUGGCUUAACCAGCAGGAGCGAGAGGCUGCAGAAGCCAAACUUCGCCAAGCAGUGGAAAAUGAGGAGCGUUGGAAGGAAUUGGCUGAGCAACAAGAACGAAGCCGGUUGCAGAAACUGCAACAGGCUGCUCGUGAGGAGAAACACAAGAAGGCAUUACAAGAACAGAACCUUAAAGCUCUGGAGGAGGAACGAGCUGCCAUUCUUGAGCAAGAGAAACUGCUCCUCAAGGAGAAACUGACUAUUGCUGAGCUGAAGCGGCAGGAGCGAGAGCACCAAAUUCAAGAGGAGCGUCGUGGACUCAACCGUGCUGAGAAGAGGCGCCAUGCGGCUCUUAUUCAAGAGAUUGCACGUCGUGAAGCAGAUGAGCGCGAAGAAGCGCGGAGAACAGCCGAUGAGAAGCUAAGUAGGUCUUUGGAGAACUAUGAGCAGAUACAAGAAAAACGUGGGCAAGAGUUAAAGGAGAAGGCUAAGCGAGAAGAGAAGCAGAUCCAGAAAGCGAGACGGGCCGCUGAGCUACGUGAGCAACAGCAGAAGGAACAGAUGGAGGCAAAGGCUAGGGAAGCCGAAAGACGAGCACAACAAGCCGCUCAAGUAGCCGAAGAGCGGGCACGGGAGAAGGCCCAACGUGCGGUGCAAAGCAGGCAAGAAAAAGAACGACUUCAGAGGCUUAACCGUCAACGUGUAGAGGAAGAGGAGAAACAGCGCCGACUAGAGUUAUUGCAGUCCAUUGAGCGCAAACUGGAAAAAAGUGAACAGAUUUUCAAAGAAAAACGUGCAGUUUUGGAAAGCGCCCGAUCCGUGGCCCGUGCAUCUUUCCACGUGCGAGAUCGUGUUCGUGAAGAGACAAACAUGCGCACCUUUGACAAGAUGGCCCUGGAGGCUCAGUUAAAAGCAAAUUUAGUUGAGAAGUGAGCGCUUUAACACCUGCUCUUUCCAUGCACAUCUGUCUAGAAAUAAGUUGUGCUUGAGCCUACAUGCUAGCCUCUUCACCAAACUACAGCAACAGUAUUGAUGGUCAUGCCCUCAAGUGUUUUAUCUAAAUAUUCAUUAUUCCUGAUGCUGGAUCAUUUUCAUCAUGUCAUCUAAAGAAAUAUUUUUCUGUAUUUAUAUCUUUUAAAUGUUAAUCUAAGAACUUUGUGCUUAUGUGUGGAUGAAAAUAUGUCGGGGCAUGAUUGUUUUUUGUAACUUGGCAGCCGUGUUGCUUUGAGAACUGUAUAUAAAGAGUUCAUUGUUUACAAGGAAGUUUGGCACUAUGGCAACAGUGAUGGCUUCUUUCUAAGGGUGGCUUUAUUUCUUAGAAGAAGAAAAAGAAAAGAGGACAGGAUGCUUCUCCCAGAGUAAAUCUUUUGAGGGAAACUCAAGGCCAUAGCAGGGUGAGCCAUGACUUGACUGUGUGUAAACCAAACUCUGGCGAAAUGCUGACCCAGCUUUACAUCCUAGAGACAGGACACGACAAAGAAUGAUCUCAGCACAGUUAACUGCUGAUGAAGCACAGGAGUCUUUGGUCAGCAACAGACCCAAAUCCACAUUGACAUCCCCUGCAUUCCUUCAGAUUUGAGACUGGAGAAGAGGAUGUUGACAUCUGCGGCCUGAUUCAGUGUUAAAUAACCCCCAAGAGACUGCAAAAGACAUUUCACUUUGAUUACGGACCCUUAUUCCCUUUCUGCCAGUGACUCAGCUAGGCAUGAUGUAAUUGGAAGGUUUAAUAAACACUGAAUCCAUUUUAUUUCCAGCAUAUCCAGAUGGCACGACAAUGCCACUUUUAAUAGCAUAAAAAGCCAGAAGAACCAUUUCAUUGUGUAACAGGUUAAAUUUAUGGGCUUUUUAAAUAGAAGCAAAAUAGUGGCGCAGGAUAGUAACCAAGUAAUCGAUUAUUAUUGUAGCUAAUAAGUCACAACUAUCUCAGUUUUAAUGAUGAUAACCGAAAGAGUGUUCUGAAUACAACUGAGUCAUAACAGAGCUUUUGAGGCCGAUCUGGAAAGUAAGCUAUAGGGAAAUAAAAUACAGAUCUUGAUUGGCUCAAACUGACAUUUCUGCUUAUCAAUUUUGCUGAAGUAAAUUUCGCCAGCAAUGACUUGAAGGUGAUUGUAGCAUUCUUAUUUUAAAUCUAAAAAAAUAUAUCUUAUCAAGGUGUUAUAUUUUUGUCUCGGUACCAUUCUUUUGUUAAUUAUCUAAAUGAAAAUAUGUUUCCUGUUGGCAGCAGAUGUUUUAUUUCUCAUUCCAUAGCCUAUGGCAAAGAAAUAUAUAGUUUAUUAAAGGUG